AUGAAACGGCCCAAACCGAAGCCUUCUCUCACACCAGAAUUUGCCGCUUCGGACUCGGUAUACUACCGAAAACCUGGUAAUGAGUCUGUCGUCGGUUCGGGAACUUACGGAAAGGUGUUCAAAGCAAUCCACGUCUACACCAACAACAAGGUCGCUCUGAAGAAGAUCAGGAUGGAAGGCGAACGUGAUGGCUUCCCAGUCACUGCAAUCCGCGAGAUCAAGCUGCUCCAAUCUCUUAACCAUGACAGUAUUGUCAAGCUCCAAGAAGUCAUGGUUGAGAAGAACGAUUGUUUCAUGGUCUUCGAAUACCUCUCUCACGACCUGACUGGCCUCCUCAAUCAUCCUUCUUUCAAACUCGACCAUUCCCACAAGAAAGACAUGGCGAAACAACUCUUCGAGGGUCUUGACUACCUCCACCGCCGAGGUGUCCUUCACCGAGACAUCAAGGCCGCAAAUAUCCUAGUCAGCAACACUGGCCAAUUGAAGCUGGCAGAUUUCGGUCUUGCGAGAUUCUAUGCAAAGCGGAAAAAGCUCGACUACACAAACCGCGUCAUCACCAUCUGGUACCGCUCCCCAGAGCUUCUGCUCGGCGAGACGCAAUAUGGGCCAGCAGUGGACAUCUGGUCCGCAUCUUGCGUGCUCAUGGAAAUAUUCACUAAGCACGCAAUCUUCCCCGGUGAUGGCGGCGAAAUCAAUCAGCUCGAGAAAAUCUACAACGUGCUCGGCACGCCCACCCGAGCGGAAUGGCCCGGCAUUGUUGACAUGCAAUGGUUCGAGCUGCUGCGGCCGUCUGAGAAGAAGCCGAGCACCUUUGCAGAGAAGUACAAGGAGCGUGUCACACCGGCGGCAUUCGAUCUCUUGUCUGCCAUGUUCCAGUACGACCCGGCGGCCAGACCGAGUGCGAGCGAUGUGCUGGAGCAUCCAUACUUCACAACUGAGGAGCCACCGCCGAGGCGUGCUGUAGAACUCGAAAAGCUGCAAGGCGAUUGGCACGAGUUCGAGAGCAAGGCGCUCCGCAAGGAGAAGGAGAGGAUGGACAAGGAGGCAAGGAGAGCAGCGAGAGAGGAUGAGCGCAGAAGAGCCGGUGAAGGGGAGAAGAGGAGAGCGGGCGAGAGCGGCGUCGCGGACACCGAGGGAAGGGAAACAAAACGGGUGAAGCAACAGCAAGGUGGGGGCGGUGGCGAGAGUGUCGCGAGUGCCGGGGGUACAGGCAGCGGUCCUGCCCCAGCGAGCACCGGCGGGGGUGAUGCGAUGGAGGUGGAAAAGUGA